GGCUCCACCAACACCGACCUCCACCUCGCCUUUACCCUCCACCACAGCCCCGCCACCACUCACACCCACCACAACCCCUCCACUAUCCACCACACUUACAUUAUCCUCCACCACAACCACACCACACGAUGUCAACCACCACCACACCACUACCACUCAGCCACCACUUCCGUCUGCAGCUUCCACCACCACCGCCCCACCACCACCCCCCUCACCACCCUCCACACCACCACCACCACCACCACCCACCACCACCACCACCACCACAACACCGCAGGAAUACCCACGGAGUCUCAUGUAUGCCAGCCACCUCCGUCAGCGUCCCUACUUCCCCGCCUUCAGAAGCACCUCCUCUCCCAUUUCCUCUCUCCCUCUCCCUCCAUCCAUCCAGCCUCCUCGUUAUCUUCCUCCUUCCUCUCCUUUCACCUCUCCUCAUCCUCCUCCUCAUCUUCCUCCUCCUCGUCCUCGUCCUCCUCCUCUUCCUUCUCCCGCUCCCCCGUCAGGAUUGAAAGAACCAUCCCCUCCACACCUCCUCCUCCACCUUACUUCGACCCAGCGGCGCCCACCAACAUCUCCGCGCAGCUUGGGACUCACGCCUACCUUCCCUGCAGGAUCCGGAACCUCGGCAACCAGUCGAUCUCGUGGGUGAGGAGCCGCGACUCGCACAUCCUCACCGUUGACCACUACACCUUCAUCUCCGACCAGCGGUUCCAGGCGUGGCAUGAGCCGGACUCCGAAACAUGGACGCUGCAAGUGAAGUACGUGCAGGAGCGAGACGCCGGCAGAUACGAGUGCCAGGUGUCCACGGAGCCCAAGAUGAGCCAUUUUGUGCGUUUCCACGUCGUCACACCCUUGGUUCGCAUCCCAGGGGGCCCAGACAUCUUCGUCAAGAGUGGCAGCACCGUCACCAUCAAGUGUAUCAUCACCGCCGCCCUGGAGCAGCCUGACUACAUCUUCUGGUACCAGGGCCAGAAGCGGGUGGUGGACGGCGAGAAGGGCGGGCGGCGUGUGGAGCUGGAGCGACUGUCAGGAGAGGCUACUGAGGGCACGCUGAUCAUCCCGGCAGCUUCGCCCAGGGAUCAAGGGGACUACACCUGUGCCCCUGCCACCCUGCCCAACGCCACCGUCACCCUCCACGUCCUCAACGGAGAGCAUCCGGCGGCCAUGCACGGAGGAGGGCCCCAGAGCAGACCCUCCCCGUCCCCGCUCUUCCUGUGCUGCCUGCUAACCUGCUGGCUGCUGGGACGCCGCACUUGCUGCCCCCUGCCGCCCUCACUGUGCCCCAGGUGAUCUCAGCGGCACGCGGGACAUCCCUAGGCGACACAAGUACUUCCUUAAGGGAGCAAGAACGAGGGGCGCCGGCAGAGUCGGGCCACACCGCGGACCUGUAUAAUAAUGGUGAUGUGGCGCCUCGUUGGACCUUCUAUUUUUGUAUCCUGUUAAAAGAGUGUGACUUACUCGACCUGCGUGACCUCUGUGAGCUGUCUGUGGCUUCGUGUGAGUGCUGAAGGAGACGCGUUAAAACGUUAAGGUGAGGGGGCGCCGCGGCCUUCACCAGGUGUAAAUAAACUACGGUGUCCGCGCCCCUCACCAGGACUCGGUGACGGACGCAGAAUCAAGCGAAGGACUCCCGCGCACGUGAAAGUUCCGGCGUGAGAUCGUGAGAUGAGUGACUUUCUUAAAAUAUAGAGGGAAAGAGAUAAUUCCCAGAAAGAAGUUACGUCUGAAAAAUCAUGAAACCACUGUGUAAUUAACUAGUUCUCUUGCUCCAAGGAGGAAUGAGCGGACUGGGGCAGACUGAGGGAGAGACUGAAGCCGCCUCGCCCCGCCCCGCUCCGCCCCAUCCCGCCCCACCCCGCCCCGACACACUGUAUUGAAUAAAGGGACCUGUUUUAUUUUAUAAUUAUAUACAUCUAUGAAUAAUAAAUGCAUAAUUUACAGCAUUACCAUGGAGAGUCAUCACAAAACAUCACCAGCGCACUUCACACUUGUCAUGUCAUCAUUAUCCUGUUCAUCUCAUCACCAUCAUCACCAUCACCAUCACCAUCAUCCUCACCAUCACAGCCUGUACAAUCAACACCACCCGUCAUCCUCAUCAUCCUCACCACCAUCAUCAUCAUUAUAAUUAUUUCGUCCCACGAGUCAUCGCCGUUUAUUUACCCGACUUAUUCCCUGUGAUUACUGAAAUACGACACUAAUUAAUUAAUGAGAAUAGACGUUGCUGUGCUGCCAGGUCUCUUUCCACCCUUCUGACCUGCCGCCCCCUCACCCUCCCACACUCCCCUACCCUCGACACAACACUGCACCUCCUCCGCUAGUCCAGACAUUCCCUCCCACAGCAGCACCACCGCUCCCUCCUCCUGUGUUGUCCCGUCACACCCCGCUGGUGGCUCCGUUUUCGUUCCAUUAACUCUCAUUAGUUGCUCACGAGGUAAUAAUAAUGAUUAUGAUGGGAGGAGUAUACUGUUCUGUUCUUGGCUCAAUAUCACAACCUGGCGUAUAACGAAGAAGUCAUUUAGGGGAUGCGUGCGUCGAGGCUCUUUGAAAGGUGAGGUUAUUCAAAGUCAUUAACACACACACACACACACAGGCACACACACACAGACAGACAGACCUUAAUAACACCACCUAGCGUUACCUGUGUAGUCACGUGGUUCUCCCUUCAGUCUGUAGAUACAUUUAGAAAUCAAUUAAAAAAAAUGUUAUCCCGUGUGUGUCCCCCCAUCGAGUCCUCCCCGUCAUUUUACGAGUCUAUUUUGUAUACUGUGACAAGUCCUUCGGGGUUUGCGGACUGUUUCGAAGCUAUACACAUGCAAACCCGGACCCCACCCCUCGUGCGUCCCUGCGAGCCCCGCCGUUGCACCCCGUGGCGGAGGGAGCACUGAGGCUGCCGAGGUGUCCCAAUGAUGUUGGAUCCACGAGGAUGUGUGAGAGUGUUCUGCAGAGCGUGACAUUCCUCAAGUGAUGACUCGGCUGUGUAAAAGUAUAUUAGGAUGCGAGUAGUGUAGAUGGUGUGUGCGAGAUUGCGUGAGUAAGACGCGGCCUGCCCACCUUUUCCCCUGCCCCCAUGCAGACGUGUGGGUGUGACAAACGAAAACGAGUAGACCAGAGCCCCGCCAGGUCGGCCGUGCAGGCUGCGGGGACACGGGCAGUCUGGAACACAUUUCUAAAGCUUUUGGUGUUAUGAGGUGAUCCGAGCUUGACUCUCCACAAGCACCUGGCAGGAAGUGGUCAUAUCCUUUUCUAUUUCACUUAGUUGACUGUUCAUUUCCCGCCUGGCCGGAGCCGGGCAGCCAUGUAACACUCAUAAGGCAUAUUUGUUAAACAAUUUUGUCAUGUAAAAAUGUGUUGAAAUACAGUUGAAAGCUUCGUA